AUGGUGGUAGCGAAAAGAUAUUUGAAACGGGCUAAAUGGUUCGCACUCUUCCUUCAUUUACACUACCGGCGUACACUCAUUUCUUAUUCACAGUCAGUAACACUUCAUACAACUCACGGAGAGCUCAAAAUCGAGUUAUUCUGCGAGGCUGUACCCAAAGCCGCAGAGAACUUCCUUGCGCUAUGUGCAUCAAAUUACUACGAUGGAUGCAUCUUUCAUCGCAAUAUCAAGGGCUUUAUGAUCCAGACCGGUGAUCCCUCUGGCUCAGGUAAGGGUGGUCAGAGUAUAUGGGGAAAACCAUUCGCAGACGAGAUACGGUCAACCCUAAAGUUUAACGCCCGCGGCGUAGUCGCGAUGGCAAACUCUGGUGCCGAUACGAACAAAUCACAGUUCUUCAUAACCUAUGCCAAACAACCUCAUCUUGACGGAAAGUACACCAUCAUUGGUAAAGUCAUCGAUGGUGCCGACUCCACGCUUGAUUCCAUGGAACGAAUACCUGUCAAUCCUAAAAAUCGACCUCUAUCUGAAAUAAAGUUAACUCACGUAACUAUUCACGCGAAUCCUUUAGCCGAUGCUCAGCUUGUUCGGUGA